UACAUUUUAUUCCAUUUGAUCUUUCGCUUGUCUGGUUUGAAGAGAAAUUAAGAAGAGGAGAAAGAAAGGAAAUAUAUUAGUUAUACUAUACCACAUACAUAUUCAUGUGGAGGCGCAAUGGUCCAGAGGUUAGGGUAGCGAAUUCGCAGUCGUAGGAUCGCGGUUUCGAUACCCUAGACAGGGCAUUGUGAGUGUUUAUUGAGCGAAAAUACGAGGCUCCGGCAGAGGGUGGUGGCGAACCCUGCUGUACUCUUUCACCACAACUUUCUCUCACUCUUGCUUCAUCUUUCUGUUGUACGUGUAUUUCAAAGGGCCAACCUUGUCACACUCUAUGUCAUGCUGACUCUCCCCGAGAACUACGUUAAGGGUACACGUGUCUGUGGAGUGCUCAGCCACUUGCACGUUAAUUUCAGGCUGUUCCGUUGAUCGGAUUGACUGGAACCCUCGUCGUCGUAACCGACGGAGUGCCACGACAUAUUCAUAUAUACAUAUAUUUAUAUACAUGUAUAUGCAUAUACACACACACACACACAAUAUAUAAAUAUACACACAUAUACACACACAUAUAUACUUAUAUAUAUAUAUUACAUAUAUAUAUAUGUAAAGAUAACUCUCUAUCUGUAGAUAUAAACAGGCAGAUACAUCCACAAACACACACACACACACACGCACUCGCGAAUACAUAGUGAAAAAGGAGAGAGAGGAGGAGAGAGAGGAGGAGAGAGAGGUAGGAAUAUAGGGGAGUGGAGAAUUAGAGUUUACACAUAGUAAACUCUUAUAGAGAUGUUGAUUUGUUGAUGUAACAGGAAAUACAUGAGAGACGAAGAAGCAAACAACGAGAACAACAAAAACAAGAAGAAAAAAACAGCAACAAAAGCUAAAGAACAAAUUGUAAAGGAAAAAAGAAGAAAAGAAAAAAACUGUAGCUAAAACAAAAAAAAAUAAAACAAGAUAAUUUGAGAGGAAACAUUUUCGGAUGGAAGAAAUGAAUACCUGGGAAUAUAUAUAACAGAUAAACAAAAACAUUAUAUUGUGAGGAUAUGUAUUUUGUUUAUAUUUUGUUUUGUUUCCUUAUAAGCAACAACAACAACAACAACAACAACAACAACAAUAACAACAACAAAAACAACGACAACAACAACAAUAACAACAACAACAACAACCGCAUCAGUAGCAGCAGCAGCAGCAUCAAGGAAAUCCAGCAGUUUCUACAUUGAUGCUGAAGCUAUAUCAAACAUUAUUAUAUGACUUCAAUGUUUAAACUGUAUAAAAAUAUUAAGGAAACAGAUAAAAACAAAACCGAAAAAGAAAACGGGACCAUAAAAAAUUCCAGUAAAUUUUUAACAAUUUAAGAAAAGGCGCAGAAGUGGCUGUAUGAUAAGAAGCUUGCUUCUCAAGCAGAUGGUUCCGGGUUCGAUCCCAUCGCGUGGCACCUUGGAAAAUUUCAAGAGAAAAGUCAAAAAAGAAAAGGACAGAUAUUGAGUGUUUCUAACAUUUUUGAUUCACUGUUGCUUUCCAAUAAAGAGGAAAUACAUUGUUCAGGAAGAAGAGUUAGCUAAGAAAUAAAACUCAUUCAGAAGUAUGAAUGGAAGAAACUUCUAAUUGAUGCACUGCAGUAAAUAACAUUUAACACAUCAAGUCGAUAAACAAGAUGAAAGAACAUUCAAAUUUAUCUUCAAAUUUUACACUGGUUGAUAAACCCAAUUUAUUCAUGCAUAUUGCCGAUACUUUACAUAUUUACGCGUUACCUGUUUUGAUUGCUCUUGGAAUACCGGGAAAUUUACUGUCUUUUAUUGUAUUCACGUGCAGCACAGUAAUGAAUAAACUUCCAUCAAGUACAUACAUGGCAGCACUCGCUUUAUCGGACUCGGGUUUUCUUUCAAUUCUCUUGUGCAUUUGGCUUCAGAAAAUGAACAUACACGAAUACGUUACACAAUUGUGGUGUCAGUUUAUUGUAUUUGGUGCGUAUAUAUUUGGCUUUUUGUCCGUGUGGUUUACUGUUCUAUUCACAAUAGAACGAUACAAAGUCGUCUGCUAUCCUUUGAAAGCAACUCAAAUAUGUACAAAGCGCAGAGCUCGUCUAUCAACUCUCAUAAUAUGUGUCUUUCCGGUGUUUCUUUAUAUGCCCAGCUUUUGGACGACUAUUGAUUACCAUGGGCACUGUUCGUAUCGCGAAGAACUGUUUGUUCUUCUUACUGUGAUAACGUAUAUGGAUACUGCACUUACAUUUAUUUUGCCUUUUCUGGCUCUUCUUUUCAUGAACCUUCGAAUAAUUUGGGCUAUUCGUGCUGUGAAAAAACGUAUGAACUGGUUACAAGAAUCACAGCCGCAUGAGAAAACACAAAGUUUGUUAUCAAAGACACAAAUGAAAUUGACCAAAUCACUGGUAAUUGUUUCAAGUGUUUUUCUAAUGAUGGUUCUGCCUAGUCAUAUAACAAGGUUUUACUCUUUAAUCUUCACGAAUUUCUUAUCUUAUGACAUAAUAUCAUUGCAGACAGCACAACAUUUCUUACAAAUUCCGUAUUAUUUAACAUUUGGAAUCAACUUAAUUUUAUAUACCGGAACAAGUUACAUGUUUCGUCGAGGUUUCCUGGAAAUUUACCGAAAUAUUAAAGAGAAGAUUCAAUGUAUAAUACCAACAUGAUAUAAUACUACAAACUUCGAAUUUCCUUAUUUUUUCCAUGCAUUCUAUAAACGUUUUAUUUCAAAUCAUAAAUAACACAAUAAUACUUACUUUUAUAUGGAUCUCUUUUACAAUUAUUGGUGUUAUGAUUAAACUUUUAAAAAAAUGUGAACCACCAUUUUCAGCAACAUAUCUAAGUAAAAACAAAGGCUUCAGUUACACUAUUGUCCCUAUAUUAAUAAUUACCCAUGGAAGUAUGUAUGUUAAUACAUGCAUGCAUGCAUACAUACAGAAAAGUAUUGUGUAUGUUACUGUAUAUAUGUAUAUAUAUAUAUAAUCUAAGUGUAUGUUGUAAGUAUAUAUGUCUGUAUGCAUAGUGUGUAUAUGUAUAUAUAUAUGUAUGUAUAUGUAUGUAUGUAUGUAUGUAUGUAUUGCACCUAAGUUUCUCUAGCUAACACUGAUUUCUUAGCCAUUCGAGUAUACGAGUAUACAUGAAACAAAGUGAGUUAAUAAUCAAGCUUCUUCAUUUGAAAGAGUAAAGAGCAAUAUGUGUAUCAAUCAUGUAAAUAAUAUUCUUCAAACGUCUUUGUUUUGGUGAAUGGAAGAGAGAUGUGUCUCUAGAAAUGUCAGAUUCUGCAUUUCACUUAACUGAGAAGAAACAUUUUUGUGAUAGUUACAGUAUAAGUAUAGGUCAUCAACUGGACUAAAACGUCGCCUUCACUGUGCAGUUCAUUAACAAACAAUGGUCUAACAUCAUGCCAGCUUUCAUCUCUCUCUCUCUUUCUCUCUCUCUCUUUCUUUCUCUCUCUCUCUCUCUUUCUUUCUUUCUCUCUC